AUGGCUCUGCGCGGCAGGCUGUACAACCCUGAGAACGUCUUCAUCUCGAAAGAUGGUGGGGGCGCCGGCAACAACUGGGCGAAAGGCUACAGUGCCGCUGAGAAAGUGCAGGAGGAGGUGUUUGACAUGGUUGACCGAGAAGCAGAUGGUUCGGACAGCCUCGAAGGCUUUGUGCUCAUUCACUCCAUCGCCGGAGGUACGGGUUCAGGAAUGGGCUCCUUCCUUCUGGAGGCCAUCAAUGACAGAUACCCCAAGAAACUGGUCCAGACAUACUCGGUUUUUCCGCUCCUCUCCUCAGAGACGAGUGAUGUCGUCGUGCAACCAUACAACUCGGUGUUGACGCUGAAGAGGCUUGCCUUGAAUGCAGACUGUGUGGUCGUCCUGGACAACACCGCGCUGAACCGAAUUGCCAUGGAUCGGCUGAAGCUCCAGAACCCAACGUUUGCUCAGAUCAACACACUGGUGUCGACAGUCAUGGCCGCCAGCACCACCACUCUGCGAUACCCUGGCUACAUGAACAACGACCUGAUUGGCAUGCUGGCUUCCCUCAUUCCAACACCGAAGUGCCAUUUCUUGAUGACCGGCUACACGCCCUUGACCAUCGACAGGCAAACUUCCACUGUGCGGAAGACGACUGUUCUGGAUGUGAUGCGACGCUUGCUGCACACAAAGAACAUCAUGGUUUCUUGCUCAACGCGGAGGGGC